AUGGCCAAUAACUCUUGUCUUCUUAUUGUCUAUCUCAUUGGAGUUCUUUUGUUCACCAUCAUUUCAAAUGUGGCAUCAUCUAACGACGUCGUUUCCACCAUCUGUCCAAAAACUUCAAACCCGCCAUUUUGUUCAAGUCUGUUGAAAUCUGCACGCACUGCAGAUCUAAAAGGCUUGGCUGUAUACACCUUAAACCUUGCCCAUACAAAUGCUCGCAAAUCUUUGACCUUAGCCAAGUCACUUGCAACAACCACCACCAACCCUCAAUUUAAGCAACGAUAUUCGUCUUGUGCUGAGAGCUAUGAUGAAGUUGUUGGUGACAUUGAAAAUGCCCAAAAGGACUUGGCACUUGGUGACUUUAAUGCUGUCAAUAUUGUAACUUCUGGUGCCAUGACAGAGAUUGACGACUGUCAGGAUAAGUUCGCGCAGCCGCCGAAGGAUACGUCAUUGCUUUUGAAGAAUGGGCCUAGCAGUCUCUGUUCGCCUAUCUCCCCCAACAAACAGGAGACCUGCAACACCUACCAUAUAGAGCUUCAAACGGCGCCAUACCAAUGGUGGCCUGAUAACUGUUAUUAUAGGUGA